GAAAUGACGUCUUUGAUUAUUAUGGCGAAGGAAGUAUUCGCUGCACAACCGAUGAUGCUUGAAUGCACAGCACCGAUAAACGUCUGCGGGGAUAUUCACGGACAACUAAGCGAUCUUUUUAGGAUAUUUGACUUGAUUGGAUGGCCUCCAACCGUGAACUACUUGUUCCUUGGUGACUACAUCGACCGAGGUCGGUGGAGCCUUGAAACGAUGCUGCUUUUAUUCUCUUUGAAGCUUAAAUUUCCCGAAAACUUCCUGCUGCUUCGUGGAAAUCACGAAACGACUAUUGUGAACAGAAUCUACGGCUUCUACGAGGACAUUGUUCGUCGUUUUGGAACUCCCCGACUCUUCAAUACUUUUCAGGAAGUGUUCGCGAUGAUGCCAUUGUCGGUGGUGAUAUCGGACAGGAUCCUGUGCAUGCACGGUGGCAUCUCCCCACAGUUGCUCACUGUCGGCUCCAUCAGCAUUCUCAAGGCCAUCACUCGACCGCUCCUCGCACAUAAUUUCAAACAGUGGAUGAGAACUGAAACAGCUGGGCUACAACAUCAACGGUAG